GGAAAAUGACAAAGUCAGGAAACAAAUAGAAAUAGAGGCACCAUCAGGACAAACUCGAAUAUGCGCGCGCAACAACACAACGGCUGCUACCUGCUUUGUCUUCUCAUUUCCUCUUUCUUCAUUGGUGUAUCUAUUAGAGGUGGAUCUGCUUCGGCUUCACUCCCGUAGUAGUACUCAGUUGUUUGUUUGCAAGAAGUAGUCAGGCCAAAUAUAAAUAUGACCUCCUCGACGCGAUCAGUGUCUAAAGGCCGAGAGCGGUCAGAGGGUCCCGUCAAUCGCGGCAUAACAAAAACGCUAGAACAAGAAAGCACGCAUAUGGUACGUACGACGUCUACAUGUACGACUCUAGUUUUUAAUCGGUGAGUGAACCCCAUGAUGUUUUUGUUCUGAUCCCUUCCCUGUGAGUGUGAUAGUAACUGAUGGUGGCUUCGACGCAAGCUAUGCGUAGAAGUUCAAACUCAAGCACUGAGUUUUCAGCUUCAAAGGUACAAUUAGGAGUUUUAACGACUAAUGUGUCCAUGUUAAUGCUCCAAACUUCUAAGACUACAAAUAUAUAAUGCGGCUUUUCUUCUUUUAUGGAUAUGGUUAUGCGGUUGACUUGAUCUGGAUGAGGUAGUAGAGCACUGUUGUUCACCGCAUGCAUUUCGAUUUACUUCAUUUUCAGGAAAAAAAGCUCGCUCUUCUGCGGGAUAUGAUUCAAUUAGAGGAGCAGCAGCAUGCAGCGAGAAAAGCCGACGGGAAGUCAACGAACUGGAAGUCUGCAUCCACAGCAAAGCCGUUGCGUCGCGGCUACAUAGACGACCAUGUGUCUCUUGUGGCUCAGUCGCGAACUAAGGCAGGUGGAAUCGGAGCAAGCAAACUUGUUGGCAGAGCGGGAGCUGCUGCGAGCAGUACAAUGUCCGGCAUAGUGCCGAGUGGGGGUGCCGUUCAAAAACCCGUAAGCAGCGCGCCGAAGCGCAUGGCCACUAGAAAUAGCGCCGCGGCUAGUGGGAGCGCAGGUACUUGUACUCGUACGUGGUAGGUGUUGAUAUUUUCGUCAUCGUGUCAUUCUCGAGACAACAUUAUUGCCACUUUUUGCUGAUAGUGCCUAUUUCCCUAGUCGAAUUCGGUAGAAGAAGAACUUCCAUGAACAAGAUCAUUUUUCUUGUUCCACAGCUUCUGCGCCCAUAGCUAAGCAGAAUGCCAGUAAAGUAACAAGCGUUGAGGCGGGUAGUGCAGCCUCUGCAGGCGGCGUUUCUCCAGAGAAAAAUGAGCUUCACGAUUUCGUCGCCUCGCUGUACCAUGCACCGAAAGUGCGACCCCUGAAUCCUGGUGCUGAAGUGGAGGACGCCCCGUCUCGAGAUACCAUAAAUGCACAUGGCAGUGACAGCGUAACUAGUAUCAAAGGUGGACAAGUAGCAGAGCAGGAUGUGUCUUCUGUGACAAAUACGAGCAAAGCUAGGCAGCUGAAGCCGAGUCGCAUUCCAGGACCACCUGGAAGUCUCCAGUCUUCGAACAGCGAUACGCCCAGCAAAGCCGCUCUCGGCGCUGGUGGUGGUCGCGCACCCGUGCGGUCGCGAGCAGGGUCACAGAGCACCUCAGCCGCUGGUUCCGCAGCAACAUCAGCGACAAGUAUUGACGCGCCAGCGGUGAUGACAUCUGACGAACUGCGCGCGUUCAUGCGCGACCGCGAGCGUAAGCCGAUGAUGCCAGAUGGGCAUGGGGAUCAUGAAGUAGACAAUAGCAGUAAUGUAUCGCCGGCGUCUAGGAGCAGAGCAUUCUCCGGCCAGAGCAGUCAUGGCAGCCAGCAAAAUCAUGAGAGUGUAAGUCCUGUACGCCAAGCUUCUUCGAAUCUCGCGGCAGCCCUGGAUCGUCAAAAGGCCGAGUUAGCGGAAGUGCAAGAGAUUCUAGCUGAGCUAGCUUUGACCCGCUACCAAACGGUUUUCGAGGAGAACGGGUUUGACUCGAGAGAAGUAAUGCUGGAAAUGACGGAGGAGCAUAUGCAGGAGCUGGGCAUGGCCCUCGGUCAUCGCAUAAAGCUCCGGAAAUGGAUACACGCGACUCGGCCAGGGGGUGCGCCAGAUCAGGGAGGUACUCCUGGUGUCAUGUCUCCGGCAAAAACACUGCGUCCACCGCCUGGUGUGGUCAUUGGAGGGACAACAGUGAACAACCAGCCGAGGAUGGUAGCAGCCGCAGGUGCUCAAGCAGGAGCUUCCCGGAGCGAGGAGAACAACGGAGGAGUUGUUUCAAUAGCGAACAAGCAGCCGGGAGCGCCGAAGGGGAUCUUGAAGAAUAAAGACGACUCGGGAGCGACGACGUCGUUUGCUAGUAAUUCGUUGUUGGAUGGCGAGUAUGAUGAAGCGGCGGAGGCAGCGGCAUUCAAGGAGGCUGUUAUGGCAUGGCGAAUGCAAGGAAAAGCGGAUGAACAAAGCUCGGCUGCCCGGACUCAAUCCCAAUCCUCCGAAGCUGUUGGAACGGCUACGUCGUGGUCGCCGACGAGUAAAAAUUCUUUUCUUUCGUCUUCUACCGGAACCGCCCGUCAGCAGGCUGAGGGGGGCUCACUGGCGUCGUAUGGGAGUGCAACGCUUCAAUUCGAUAAUAUGUUCGCCAAGGCAGACAGCCUUGGUGGAGGUGCAAGUCCGAAAAACGAAAUUACGCUGGAGUCUGGUGGUGGUGUUCUCUCUCCGUUGGCCAAGCAGGUUGGCCGCGGACGGGAUGGCCUCGUCGUCCUUCGGAAAUGCUGCUACUCGUGCUUUAUGCAAUUUUAUGACGGAGAAGGUAUUAUUCUGCAGACUGGGAUUAACGACAACAGCAACGAGCCGCCGAAAGAGGUCUGCAGUGCGGCAUGUGAGCAAGCGGAACGGCAGAAGGAAAUUCGCAAACAGGAGAUAGCAGAACGACGGCGCAAGCAGAUAGAGGAUAUGCAAGCGCAGCAGCGCGCGCGUGAGGACGAAAAAGCCCGGCUUCUCGAGGGAGCGCCACUCGCGACGGCUGAUCGCGAAAAGGCAAUGUUACUGGACGACACGACUGCAACCUCUGAGACACACACAAACACGCAAAAUGACGAGGUUGAUAUCGAUACUCCUUCUCCUUUUUUCACUAGAACCUCAGACGCUGAACAAAAGAAUAGCAAGUCCAGUGAAGGUGGUGCAACGGCCUCGUCUCUGUUAAGCACAUCCCCCACUACCACAGCACUGGUCGCCACUGCAGCAGGAGCUUCCACGGAGCAGAAUACGAGCAUCAGGAUGAUUUCCGCUGCUGGUGUGACAACGGUGAUUGAGGCGUAUCCAGCAGAGAGAGACGACUAUCGCCAGGGUGGACCAGUACCAGACGGGCAAUUGCGUGUGAUUGGUAAUUCCAGCUCAGACCGCGCGAGCCGCAGUCCUGUCAAGAGACACGCUGAUGGCGUGAAGGUGAUCUGGGAGAAGCCGCCUGAAAAUGAAGUCGGUGAGACGUCAUCAGCCCCCGAAAAGUUGGGAGCUACACCAGCACAACUAGGAAGUGCUGAGGGCACGACUAGUCCAGUAAAGCAAAACAGAACAGCCGCAUCAACAUCUGCAACAGGAGCUCCGAUGGGCUUUGUAUCUGCGCGAUUGCCAAUGCAAAUCACGAGUUUGCGACCUCCAGCAGCUCCGAAAUCUUCUGAUGCCGCUCCUAGCUCAUCUUCGUUCUCGACAAAUGGAGCGACACCUUCAAAAGCGUCACCCGCAAAACGAACUUCGAUCUCGCCUGACAAGACCACAAGCGGGGAUUUAGUAUCCGCAGGAGCUGCUCUUACAACUGGCGGUGGCUGCGAGGAUAUGGAUUUGUGUUCAGGAAACUCGUCAGCACGAUCGCGAAAGGACGACGCUGGUGACCGGACGAGGCCUGUGCAUGAUGAUGUUGGUGAUCAUGACUCUCAAGAUCGACUUCACGACCGUAGAGACGUUCCAGACAAAGACUAUGCGCACAGGAAUGACGCAGACGAGGACAUUGAUUUUGCUGCAACAGUGACAUCCGACUUUGAGUUUGCAGCUGCCGCGGUUGCGACUGCUGCGGGACCACGUAGGAUUUCCACAAACAACGCUAAGCCUCAAAGCCCAGGACAGCGAGGCAGCGGAGCAGCACGCUCCAGUCGUUGCGCAGGCGGAGGAAGCGUGCGCAAUGCUGGUCCGUCAACACUGCUGUCGCGAAAUAACAAGCAGCCAGACUACUUGAAAGAUUCAUCGAUGACGUCGCAGUGUUCGUCGCCAACGAAAGCAGACAGAGAAGACGACAAAUCGAUGAUACAGAAAUACCAGGGGAUGGAUGCAGUCUCGAUUUUAGACCAAAACUUGGUCUUGAAAGUCUCGGAUGAGGAGGAAGAGGGCUCACGAGUGGAAGAGCGCAAAGGUUAUGCUUACUUAUUUGAAAGUGCAAGUAAGGAGAUCUCAGAGAUCAAGUGGGGGUGCAAGUAGAUCUUUCUUAUUUGAAAGUGGAAGUAAGGGGAUCUUAGUCUUAGAGGUCGCCGAGAAUGUUGGCUUUGGCAUGAGCAUCAGAGAAGGACAGAACAAGCCAAACAAACUUCAUCCUUUACCUUUCGUUUUGCGUGUUAUUACUUGAUUCGAUUUGUGUUGAUGCUUAUCUUCUAAUAGUCGAAGCAGCAUUAUAGCCAUAGCACAGAAAGUGCAGCUUCGUUUUUCGAGCGUUUAAGAGAGGACGCGGAGCUCCAAGACUUUUCUGCUGGUUUGUCGAUGGCAGCAUCGCUAUACGAGACUGAAAAAUAG